UUGAGUAAAACACAAGCAAAAGAAGACCACAACAGACUCAUUGACGCAGACAUGGAAACAAAAUCUUACCAAGGAUUUGAUAGUGUGUUUAAUCAUAUCAGAGAGUUUGGUCCCUAUCAAGCCAAGGUUUACUUUGGAGCAUCUUUGCUGAUUCUACCUCUUGGAAUGCAGCUUGCUUGCCUGGUGUUUGCAAUGGGAACCCCCCAGUUUCACUGUGCACAAGUCAACUCGACAUGUCCCCCCAAUAAAUGCUGUGAUAACUGUACAUCGUACUCGUUUGAUGGUCCUUUCACGAGUAUUGUGUCCGAUUGGAAUCUAAUUUGUAAUCGGGCUCACUUGGCCGCCAUMACGCAGUCUGUAUUCAUGGCAGGGAUGCUGGUAGGAUCGGUUAUAUUUGGCAUCGUGUCCGACGCAUUUGGUCGACGAAAAACCAUUUAUUUUGCCAGCCUGGUCAUGGUGUUAUCUGCCGUUGGAUCAGCCUUUACCGACUGUCUGUCGUUCUUUGCCUUGUUACGGUUUGUUGUUGGAGCAUCACUGACAGGCGUCAUGAUCACACUCUUUGUUUUUAAUAUCGAACUUGUUGGKCCAUCAAAACGAGCAAUGGCUGGCAAGAUAACAGACUUGCACUGGGUGAURUCUGGUGCAUUAGCGGUCGUACUGGCUUACUUUAUACGAGAUUGGAGGAAUCUCCUGCUGGCCUGUGGUCUCCCUCUUCUCGCUGUUUUCYUKUUUUGGAGAGUAUUUCCUGAGUCUGCUAGGUGGCUUGCGUURAAAGGAAAAAGACUUGAAGCUUGUGAAACUCUGWUAAAGUUUGGACGAAAAAAUGGCAAGUCAUUGGAUGAUGACGCUAUUAUGGACGCACUAAUAACUACCGGUGAAGACCAACAAGGGAAUUACAAAACAAUUUUGAAGCGAUUGACAGACUUAAUYAAAGCCAAGAAACUUAGAAAAAGAAUGUUGAUCCUCUCUUUUCUCUGGAUGUCCGUUAGCAUGUCAUUUUUUGGAUUUAUAUUGUAUGUGCCGAGCCUGUCAGGAAAUCUGUACCUCAACAUGUUUCUGCUGUUUCUGGUUGAUUUACCGCACACUCCCAUUGGAUGGUUUCUUAUGCAAACGAUUGGUCGUCGUUUAACGAUUUCUUUGUUUUACUUGUUUGGUGGGGGUACUUGCCUACUUUCUUUAGCCGUCAAAGAUUAUCCAAAAGUCGUCAUUGCCAUUACCAUGAUUGGGAAGUUUUUCUGUUCAGCUGCAUUCUCGGUUGUGUAUACUUACACUACAGAGCUCUUCCCCACCGCAGUCAGGAACGUGGCAGUAGGGAUAGGAUCAAUGUCUGGUCGCCUUGGUUCAAUUAUUGCACCAUUCAUUGUUAUGCUGGCCCAGCUUCCAAACGUGAGUGUGACUCUACCAAUUGCCGUCUUUGGUGUUGUAACCGUUGCAGCUGGUUUACUCUCACUGUGCCUCCCAGAGACGCUUGGUAAAAUCAUGCAYCAAACAGUAGAGGAGGCMGAAACUUCMCCGGACAGCUACAAAAUACCCUGCUGCCCCAGGAGAAAAUACCCCUUGACGACACCAGUAGAAGAUKUCGRUGAAGAUGCAAAGGAUGAGACGAAAUUAUAGCUAAAAACGACAAAAAGUCAUCACUUUUAGUUAGGCGGCAACGUUAGAUUAGAUAGACAAAACAUUAUACAUUAUACCUUGCUUCAUCAUAGCCAAAAAUAAAAAAUGAAAAUAAAUAACAUGCUAUAAAGGUUAAUUUCCGGUAAAAUCAACAAUUUUUCAGUUAAUACUACACUGUGCAUUUAAUAAAAAUCURUAUU